UAAGUCGCAAGAUUCAAAUUGCGCACGAAACCUCUCUGUCUAUCUAUAUAUAGAUCCUCUCGUUGCUCUAAUUCAUCACCUCACAGAAGUAACAUAAGCUCUCCCAGAAUCCUCACAUCACAUGGCGAAGAGCAAGGUCCUCGUCGUUGGCGGCACUGGCUACAUCGGGCGGAGGCUCGUGGGGGCAAGCCUGGACCAGGGCCACCCCACGUACGUCCUCCAGCGUCCGGAGAUCGGCCUCGACAUUGAGAAGCUCCAGAUGCUGCUGUGCUUCAAGAGGCGCGGCGCCCAACUCGUCGAGGCCUCGUUCUCAGACCUCAGGAGCCUCGUCGACGCCGUGAGGCUGGUCGACGUUGUCAUCUGCGCCAUGUCGGGGACCCACGUACGGAGCCACAACAUCCUGAUGCAGCUCAAGCUCGUGGAGGCCAUCAAAGAAGCCGGAAAUGUCAAGCGGUUUUUGCCGUCAGAGUUCGGAAUGGACCCGGCCCGGAUGGGUCAUGCAAUUGAGCCGGGAAGGGUCACGUUCGAUCAGAAAAUGGAGGUGAGAAAAGCAAUCCAGGAAGCCAAGAUCCCCUUCACAUACAUCUCAGCCAACUGCUUUGCUGGUUAUUUUGUGGGCAAUCUCUCCCAAAUGUCGAGCCUCACUCCUCCAAAAGACACCGUAUAUCUCUAUGGAGAUGGCAACGUCAAAGCUGUUUUUCUCGAUGAAGAUGAUAUCGCAACGUACGCAAUUAAAACGAUCGAUGAUCCGAGAACGCUGAACAAGACAGUCUACCUAAGGCCACCAGAGAACAUUCUGUCCCAAAGACAACUGGUGGAGAUGUGGGAGAAGCUCAGUGGAAAGACCCUGGAGAAGAGAAGCAUUUCUGCAGAAGACUUCCUCGCCCCCAUGAAAGGAUUGGAUUAUGCGCAGCAAGAGGGAGUGGGGCAUUUCUACCACAUAAUGUAUGAAGGCUGUUUGACAAACUUUGAAAUUGGGGAAGAUGCAGAAGAAGCUUCCCAGCUUUAUCCUGAAGUUCAAUACACCCGCAUGAAUGAAUACCUGAAGAUUUUUGCAUGAUCAUACUAAGAACCAUUUGUACCACUCGGAGUUUGCUCUCGCUAUCCAAAUAAAAAUCUUGAGUUUCUCUAUCA